AUGCUUCUCCCACGUCAGAAUGCGGAUGCCAGCUUCGACGAAGAAGAAGCUGGCUACGGCUACUCUGGCUUCUGGUUCACCAAGACCGGCUAUGCGAUCAAGUAUGCCAUCUUCGGAACCAUCUGUCUUCUCUUCCUGGCCUGGUUCAUUGGAGGCACCUUUCAUGCUCGCCGUCGGAUGAAGCAGAACCUUCCUCCCCUUGCAUAUCACCGCUGGCUGUUCCCCCGUGAGUACCGCGCACGGUUUGAGCCCCGACUGCAGGCCGAGUACGCCGUCUACCAGAUCCAGACCCCGUACGGCUACCAGCCUUGGCCCGGAGCAGCCGGCUACUACGGCCAAGGCUACCCUCCGCCGCCGCCGGCCUACAACAACCAGGACGUGCCUCCCACCUACCAGCCGCCCCCAGGAGCGUCCAAGGUGGCUCCCGAGCAACAGUAUCCGACUCAGUUCGCGACUCAGUACGCCACUCAGUCGCCUGCUUCGCAGAACUUCUCGAACCACUACCCCCCCUCGCCCCUCUACGCUCCGCCUCUUGGCCCGCCGCCCACUCCUGGCUUCGUGGCGCCCGAAGGCCAGCAGACCAAUGGAGUCAUCUCACAGGACCCAGCUCCCCCAGCGCAGGCGCACACGGGAACCUCCAACCCUUACCGACUCUAA